GCAUGUAUUUUGAAUAAACGUGACCAAGAGCAAUCUGGUUGUUUGCAUUAUAAGAAACAUUUGUUGAUAUGGCGAGAAAACGCAAAAUACCUGUACGCAAGCAUCAUGGAGUGCGAGAUCCACUGAAGCAGAUUGAAGAAAGAGAGAGAAAGCUGGCCAACGUGACGAACAAUCCGCCGACACAAAACGACGAACAGCGGACGUCGCACAAUUUCACGCAAUUCAAGCGAAUUGUGGAGGCUGCCAAGGCGGGUAAAAAGCUGAAAAUCGGUAAUAUCGGCAAAGAAGACAAACCCAAGGAAACAAAAACAAAAAAGACGCCAAAUAGUACGGCAGGCGGCCAAAAGGCAAGCAAAAUCAAACAGUUCGACAAUGAAACGGAUGAGGAAUAUCUGCGGCGAGUCAAUCGCAUAACCAAUGCAUCCGUGAGAGAAGCACAGUACGAGGCGAAAUAUGGUGUCAAUGUUAUACGCAAUCCGAAAACGGGCGAAAUAACGCUACAGAAGCGACCCAAGAAUGAGAUUGACGAGCUGCUCAAGCAGAAACAAAAGGAACGGCACAAUCUGAAAAAUGGACGCAGAAAAACCAAUGCAGUGGUCAAGAAUGGCAUGGAUGCUAAGACGCGCAAAGAGCUGAUAAAAAGAGCCUUCAAGGAAGCCGAUGAAGAGACGAAGAAGGAGCCUGCUCCUCUUUCGGAAUACAAGAGGGAUGUAAUUAAAUUUGGUGAAAUCGUGCAUGCGCCGCCUGCGCUGAAGACUCUGCCGCGUAAGGCAAACAAAGAUGAGACUGUGCCCAGGCCGGGACGCAAAGCAAAUCUGUUGCUCAGGUCGCUGAUUGCUGAUGGCGCAACGGCGACCACACAGAGCUCUCCGCCCAGUAAAAAGAAAGUUCCAGCUCAGAGUGCGCCCACAAAGCUACAAAUGAAGGGCAAACGCAAAGAUCUGCCCGCUGCAACACGCAACAUGCUCGAGGGGGAACGCAACAAAAUGGUCGAUCUCUAUCGCCAACUGAAAAAGAAACAGAUUGAAGCUCAGCACGGAUCAUAGGAUAAUAAUAGUCAUUAAGCAGUAAC